CGGCCCCGGCGCCUUGGCUGUUCUGUGCGCCGGCGGCUCCCUGGGCGCCCGAACCUCUCCUCUGCGCACGGCCGCUCCCCGCAGCCUCGCCUGCUGUCGGUUCCCCGCCUGGAGCUGGUCUUUCCCCUCCCGGGCGCUCCUACUUCAGCCCCCAGGCGCACCGGUACUUUGGUCUCAGAGCUUAGAAGGCGCCUGAACUGGGCGAGCCGGGCGAGCCGCUGCCCCCGGCGGGGAGUCCACUGACCAGCUCAAAGGUCUGGGAAUCCAAGGCAUUUGCGAGCCGCCAGCGCCGACCUGGGGCCUGCGGGAGGGACAGAGAGAUUGGGGCCGGGCAAAAGGGGAAGCCGAAGGGUGGAGAAGUGGGCAGACAAGCUCGCUGGCCCGGGCACCCUUUCCCCAGUCUCCUAAACGCAGGAAGUGGUCCCAGCGUGCUUGAUAGAGGGGCAGCACUUGUAGUCCGUGGGCCUCCCCACGGGCAGCCCCAGGGUGGGUGCUGGGUAGGGUGGUGGCCCAGCCUGGCAUUACAGCUUCCUGCCUGGGUUGGCUCCUGACUCCAGAACGAGAGGGUCAGGAAAUCCUACAAGGGCCUGGUCUACAGGGACACUCCCUUGCCCAGUGGAGGGGCCCUGGAUGGGAGUCCCGUGGCCCCAGCUCAGUGGCAGCAUCCGUCAGCUCGCCCUGCUGGUCAGCGCCCUGGGGUGGGUGUGCCCAGCUAGGCAGAUGAGCCUGUCCUUCUUGCAAGAGCGGCUGGGUGGGCAGCAGGCCAUUGGGAGAGGUGGGAAGCCUUGUCUUGCCACUCGAACCACAUUCCCAGGGGCACAGCAGGCAGCUGGGAGGCCCCCUCUGAGAACCCCAGCCACCCGCGCCCCCAGCCAGCUACUUGAAAGCCUGCGGAGGUGCCACCCCUUUCUGUUCCCUGAGUGCUGUCCUCCCCCAGAGCGGGGAGGAAGUACCUUGUGCAGUCGGGUUUGGGGACCGGAAGCCAGCACUAGGGGCACUUAGCGUUGAGAGUGGAGGAGGGGAGAGGAAGUGCUGACCUCCACCACCUGCCAGCCCUGCCCGCCCGCCUGCUGUCAGCAAGCCCCGGUGUCUAGCACCCCGACAGCCUGCCUCCAGGGAGCCGCUCUGCUGAAGACAGACGCUAAGGGGGAACUCAGAGUCCCCACUUGCCGGGUGGGGGGAAGGGGAACUGAGGCCUUGGCUGAGGUAUGGCACUGACAGUGGAUGUGGUGGGGCCGGCGCCCUGGGGCUUCCGAAUCUCUGGGGGCAGGGACUUCCACACGCCUAUCGUGGUGACCAAGGUAACUGAGCGGGGCAAGGCCGAGGCUGCUGACCUCCGGCCUGGAGACAUUAUUGUGUCCAUCAACGGUGAGACUGCAAAGGACAUGCUUCAUGCUGAGGCCCAGAGCAAGAUUCGCCAGAGUCCCUCACCCCUGAGGCUGCAGCUGGACCGGCCCCAGGCUGCCUCUCCCGGGCAGACCAACGGGGAAAGCUCCCCGGAAGUGCUGGCCACUCGCUUCCAGAGCUCCAGGAGGACACACACUGACAGCCAGGCCUCGCUCAGCCCCCAGCCAUGCAGCCCCUUCUUCAGCCUGCCCCCGACCAGCCCCCAGGCACCCGCUGGAGAGGUGGUGACCAGCCACAGUUUCCAGAGCCUGGCGCACUCCCUGGAACCUGCUUCUGCUGACCACUUGUACUAUGGGGGCCGUGCCAGAAGCCGACAGGCCGGCCUCAGCCCUGCUGGCGACUCGGCCGUGCUAGUACUGCCGCCACCACCCUCCCCAGGUCGCCGUUCCUCCAGCCCCAGGCUCAGUGCGGCCUCAGAAGGGGAAAGCCACGUCCUCAGAGAGGACUCAGAAGUCUUCAAGAUGCUGCAGGAAAACCGCGAGGCACGCGUGGCCCCCCGGCAGUCCAGCUCCUUCCGGCUCCUGCAGGAAGCCCUAGAAGCUGAGGAGAGAGGUGGAACACCUGCCUACCUGCCUAGCUCGCUGAGUCCGCAGUCCUCCCUGCCCACCUCCAGGGCUCUGGCCACCCCGCCCAAGCUCCACACGUGUGAGAAGUGCAACACCAGCAUCGCGAACCAGGCCGUCCGCAUCCAGGAGGGGCGCUACCGCCAUGCUGGCUGCUACAGCUGUGCUGACUGCGGGCUGAACCUGAAGAUGCGAGGGCACUUCUGGGUGGGGGACGAGCUGUACUGCGAGAAGCAUGCCCGCCAGCGCUACUCUGCGCCCCCCGCCCUCAAUCCCCAGGCCUGAGCUCUCAGCCCACCCUCCGCUCUGUGGGCACCUCCACGCCAGACCCGUGCCAAUAGCACGUUGGCCUGGAAAGGCGAUGGGGGGGGCGGGGUGAAGCCAGAGGCUGGGACCUGCCUGUGCUGCGGGUGAGGGCAGUCCACCUUCCCAGGCCUCUGCUGGAUACUGUUGCAUCCUCUUGAUGGACAGGCUCUGCAUCAAAGCCCCAAGUGGCUGCUGCAUUGGACAUCUUUCUGCACUGGGGAUUAAGCAGGUUGGGACAUGGGUAUAAGUGUCUAGAAGGAGAGAGGUGGGCCAAAGGCUACAGGUAUUCACUGUGUAAAGUUUUCAACAUAUGAGCACUAAAAAUAUAUACUGUACAAGAACAAAAUAAA